UGUAGUUUAUAGCCUUUGCCCGUUUCUUCUCCUAACAGCAUGGCUGAUCAAUCAAACUUUAUCUCAGAUUUCAGGUGAACAUUUCAGCCUUGCCCUGUCUGUUCUUCACACUCAGAAACCAUGUUCACAACCACGGGCUCUCGGGGAUUAUACAAGGUUCCCCUGUCCAAAGGCUUACUGCUGGUUCUCAGUGGGUUAACGGUCAUGCUGACGUUGCUGCCUCAGUACCAGGGACUUUUCACCUACAACCUACAGGCCAUCACCACCCAGCAGCAGGUGUGGAGGUGGGCCUGCGGCCGGCUGGUCUGUCUGGAUCUGAAGGACACCCUCUGCAGCAGCUUGCUCAUCUACAACUUCCGCAUCUUUGAGAGGCGAUUCGGCACCAGGAAGUUUGCUUCCUUCCUCUGGGGAACCUGGCUCCUGUCUGCACUGACUGACUUCCUGCUGGCCCAGGCGGUGUAUUUCCUGUUUGACCACGAGGUGGAAGAGCUCCCGACAGGACUGCUGUCCCCCAUCUUCUCCCUGUUCGUCCCAUUCUACCUCUCCAUCCCCAGGGUUCCUGUCACUCAGGUCUUGGGAUACUUUUCAAUCACCAACAAGACUCUGGUCUACAUCGUGGGACUGCAGCUUCUCACCUCCCAUCCCUUCAUGUGGCUCAUCACACUCAGUGGAUUGAUCUCAGGCGGCCUGUACUACGGCAAUGUCCUCUGGCUGCAGCGCGUCUUCUUCGUCCCCGUCUGGCUGGCCAAAAUGGGUCGCUGUGUCCUCGAGCCUCUCUUCUCUGGCCCUGAGCCCACCAGCGAGAGCCCCCUGGGGAUGGGCGCCACGCUGGACAUCCAGAGGCAGCAGAGGAUGGACCUGCUGGAUCAGCAGCUGCUGCUGGCCGAGUACAACCAGGCCAGACGCAGCCCUCGGCCGCAGCCCCAGGCUGGCAUGUUGGACUGGAGACGCUUCUUCCCCUCGCUAAGACGCAGGGGCCCCAUCCGGGCCCCAGCCCAGCAGGCCCCCCCGGAGCAGACCCAGCCCUCCCCCCAGCCCCACCCCUCUCCCCUGGACGACUCCCCUGCAGCGGAGGAGCAGGUUGCCAGGUUGGUGGAAAUGGGCUUCUCGCGGAUCGACGCCCUGGAGGCACUCAUGGCUUCCAACAAUGACAUCAACAUGGCAACCAACUACCUCCUGCAACACUGAGCGAUCAGUGGGAGCACCAGAGACGGAGGAGGUCAGGGGGGUUGGGAGCAGAGGAGGUGGGGGACUGCUGGGGAGAGCCAGUGCAGGAGGAGAUGGGCUAGGGGCCCACCCGGUCGGCUCCCCCCGACUAGGUUAGACAUCGUGGCCGGGGUCAGCUUGUGCUGGAACCUAGUGAGUGAAAAGCUGUCGCGUCCAGAGUCCACAGACUGUGCUGUGCUUGUUUUAAGGAGGUGUCGCAGCCUGGAGCCUAUGGCCUCAUAGCCAUGAACAUGUGGGUACUUGACCCUACGGAUGUUUCCAAUCGUACUUUCAAGGUCAUGUAAGGUGUAUCACAGUUUGGGAUGAAGGCAUAUUGGAAGACCAUCAACCAAGCAUUAACUGAAAUAACAAUUAGUGACCCCCGUACCGUAUACAAUACUAUUAAUAAUGGACUGUUGGUUGCUACGCUUGCAGUCCUAAAACCAAUAUGAUCCUGAACAUAGCCAAGCUAGGACUUGGAUGAUCGGAACGAAAGACGACCAAUGACGUCGCCACAGCAACUGUCUAAAACAGGUACGGGCAGCAGCAUAGCGCUUCCGCUGACAUCCUCUUGACAUGAGGGAUACACGUCAAACUCGCUCUACAAGUCACGCUCGUAAUCAGAUAUUCCGACAACUUAAUGUCUUCAUCACAAAAGUGGGCCACGGCUAAUCAGAAAAUAACCUGAGCUAUAUUUGUGUAUUUAUUUUGUCGUAUGACGGCAAGACGUGUGGGAGCAGGUGGAGGCAGGGGGCUGCAUUGGGUACGGGCCCGGGGUGUCCGGGUUUGAACCCCUGGGUUCAAACCUGCUGGAUGUGGGUGUCUCUAGAGCUGUCACAUGAACAGUGUUUCAUUGGCUGACCCUCCCUCCCAACUUACCCACAUGUGACUCGGAAGCUGGAUUCUCAUUGGCUGAGACAUUGACGUUGUGUAUCCAUGAGCUCCUAUCAACGUAUGUGUAACAAAGCUUCUUCUGUGUAACGUCAGGCUGUAGGAGCACGAUCUCAGGGUUUGUGUAGCGUGUGUACUUCAUGUUUGAUCC